AUGGCUGGAAAUGAAGGUACAAGCGCAGAAUUGUUUCCUGGCUGGUCUUCAGUGGUCCACCAACCAUGUGAAGAACCCGAGGAAUCGGAAUUACCUAGUACAGUGGACAUGGCUGCCUUUAGCUCUGAAUUAAAUGUACCGCCUGCAAAUGCAUCACAAAUCAAUGCCAAAAGUGAUUCUGAUAGCGACUCAGAAGCAGAUUCAAGUAACUCUGGAAGUGAAGCUUCUCAGUCUUGCAGCCAAUCAGACUCGUCUGAUUCAGAUAGUUCAACGUCUAGCCAGGAAUCAUCGUCAAGAAGCCCAUCUCCAGAAUUUUCAGUGACAAGUUCACAAACAAAUGGGUUACGAUUAACCAUAGCUACAGUUCGUAAACCUGGCAGUCCCUCUAGUGAAAAAGUGAUGGAGAAGUCUUGCAAAAGUGCCAGUUCCAGUUCGGGUAGUCCAGCUUCAAGCGAUUCGGACAGUGACUCUGACACGUCAAAAAGUGAUUUACCAGUGACUAAAAGUGUUGUUAAAAAUGUGAAAGAUAAUCAAAAGAAACCUGUUAGUAAAGUACGAACGAAAGUUGUUGACAAGAAAGAUGAGAAGAAGGUUGGAAAGAAGGAAUCAUCAUCUUCACCUGUCAAAGGGGCCACUACCAGGGGAAAGGCCAAGAAAAGAACCAAAAAGUUACCGUUCGGCAUUGUGUUUAUUGGUCGGGUCGCGCGGGUGGCUGUCACUGCUAGCGGGUUUUGUUUUGUUGUUUGUGUCGUUCGAAAUAUGGUGCGACACGUGGAGUAUCUCGCCACCUCGGAUAAUGGGGAUUUGGCCGAAGGGGUUUGGGAGUAUGUUAAUAAUUUAGUGAAAAAUUACAGGACGAGGGAGACGCAGCAAAAUGAGCAUUAUCAGUUUUUCCUCGCGAAUGGUAUUAAAGAGGAUCAGAGGAAACGAGCCAUAUUGCUGAAUUCCAUGACUGACGAUACCUUCAUUUUAUUAAGAAAUUUGUGUGUUCCCGAUGCUCCAGAAAAAAUGACUUCGGAAAAAUUAAUGGAAAGUUUAUCCAAGCAUUGUACUCCCGUAGAGUCCUACUUCACGGUUAGAUUGAAGUUUUAUGGAGCUAAGAGAGGAGAUGAAGAAAACGUGGCCGAUUGGGCUGCUAGGGUUCGUAGUUUAGCGUCUGGGUGCAAAUUUGGGGACGAAUUCAAGAUAGUGUCACGAGAUAUCUUUGUUGCUGGUAUUGGGUCUGGUCCCAUAAUGGAUAGACUUAUGGAGGAAAAUGCAACCUCCGAUAAAGCCACGUGGGAGCACAUGCUUAAAUUAGCUCUUAGUAAAGAAGCCGUGCUGAAGGAGAAAAAGAAAACAUUGGAAACUUCAUCAUCUGAAGUGUUGAAAAUGUCUGGAUCAAGAAAUAAAUUUCGAUUUAUAAAGCUUCGUACAGACCUGAACAUUGAGCCGAACAACAAGCAGAACAACGAACCGAACGGCAAACAGAACGGCAAAUGGCGUUUUUUGAUUUCGACGAUCCGAACAACAAACGGAACGUUCGUGCUGUUCCCAUAA